AUGGCUUCAUCUCAAGGCAUAAUCGACCUUACCAAUGACCCAGACAAUGGCAAAGACGACGUUCUCCUCUCGAUUUACGACGUUCUCUCUGAAGCGAGAAUGCUGGAAGAGGUGGAGGAGGAUGUUACUAGUAUGAGAGGAUACUUGCGAGGCUUAGAUAAGAGUUAUCAUGACGUCUUGAAAGCUGCCGCUAUUACUAAGUCCAAAGCAUCGUCCCCUCAAUCGGCCAUGCCCAACAAGGGCAGUGGGACUUGCACGAAACAUAGCACCAAGAAGAGACUACUCCUCUUCCGCAACAGUCCCUAUCGAGUUCCGUAUCGACCGCCACCAUGGAACACCAAACCCAAGUCCAAAUUCAUGUUCUUUAACGACGACGAGGAGAGAUACUAUUACGAAGGAAUCCCGGUCCCUGGCGCUGACGUGGUUCCACUGACGAACGAGCAACGUGCCCUGGAAGGCGUGAGGCCCCACCCUCCUUACUACGCUAGCACGACCAAUUCUGAACGAGUCCAGCGUCUGCGGAAGGGAGACAAAAAGAUGCGUGUGAGGGAAGAUGUCCGGUUCCCCGACGUUCCCCUACUCUCCCAUUAUCCUCGUAGCGCUCUCGAUACCCAGCAGAGCUAUGUCUACAUCCUGGACGUGCCUGAACAGUCAUCUGCCCCUUUGAAGGAGCAGACGGCAGUGAGGUUAUACUGUGCUGAGAAAGUUGUUGAUCGAGAAAUCGAUGCUUUUCAAGGGUGUUCUAGAAGACAAGCGGAGUGGAAAACUGGAUGA